AUGUAUGAAAAUGAACGGAAAAGUUUCUAUGAAUAUAAUAAUCCAACUGAAAUUAUAGAAUCAUCAGAUAUUGGACCUGUAACAACUAAUCACUUAGGUGCUAUUUAUAAGAGUAGGCCUUUAAGUGGCAUGAUUAAUUCUGCAAUGUCUUUAAGAAGUUUAAGAAGUCAAUCUGUUAACUUAGAAAAAGUCAAAAGAAAUUUUGAAGAUAAUAAUGAUGAAGGUCAAAGUAUUAAAAGAAAAAAAUUAUUUGAAAAUGAAAAUAAUGAUUAUUUUACAAACGAAAUCGAAUUAGAUAUUGAUAUAAAACCUUUAAAUAAUAAUGAAUAUAUUACCAAUGAAUAUAAUUUUGAUAUCUAA